AUGUUCUUUAUCGGAUUUGGCACUUUGCUACUGUUAUACGGAUGUAAUCUGCACCAAACUCAGACACUAGUUGUUAGUUCGUAUUACACUAAAAGGCCAUUGUUCAUAAAAUCUCAAUCUUUGUCUCAAUUAAGAGGUACUUUCGCGAAAUCUGUUGGUUUUACUCGCUACUCUAUCAAAACACCCGAGGAAUCUCCUCAUUCCUACUACAAAUCUGACCAUUAUAAUAGGCUCCGUAGCUAUUUUACCGCACAAGAGCAAGAAAUAGAUGAUGCUGAGUACAACAUACACAAAAACGAGCACGUUUAUCAGAUAGAAAAUACUGGAUUAUUUGCUCCUCUAUCCUUGGAUUUCGAAUCACUUGCCGCCGUGCCAGAGCUAUUUCAUGAAAACUUUCUACUCAGGGGUGAAGAUCACUGGGAAACACUAAUCAGGAUCCGUGAGCUCUGUUCUCUAAAAAAUACAGUUGGUCAAACUCGGCAGCUAAUAUCAGAUAAACGCUCAGAUUUGGCAAACGUAUUUAGAGAUUCAUCUGAAUCAGAUAAGACCUGUUUGAGAGAUUCAAAUAUUAGCUUGAGAAAUGAACUAAGGGAAUUAAACUCACAAUAUGCUUCAAUAGUUAAUGAGCUUGAAUUAUUGAGACAGAAAUUGCCAAACAUUUUAUCUAGUCAAGUUCCAGAAAACGAGAAUGUAGUUAAAAAGGAUCUUUCUAGAAAUUUUACAAGUACAAACUCGACAAAACUUACACAUUAUGAAAUUAUAGAACGUCUAAAUCAUGAUUAUAUACAAAAGGCCGUUGGAAUAAGUGGUAAGGGAUUUGCAGCUUGCGGCGGUAAUUUAUCUCGUUUGGCUAGAGCAUUAAUUAAUUUGUUUUUAGACACACACACUCAAUUGUUUAACUAUACCGAAAUUACGGUACCAUUUAUAGCCAGUGAAUCAACAUUUAAAUCUACUACUCACUUACCUUUCUUCGAAGAGGACUUGUUUAAACUAGAUUCGCGUCACCAAUUUGACGGUGAAACUGGUUAUUUGAUACCAACAUCUGAAGUUCCGUUGCUAGCUCUUCAUCAAAAUUUGAGGAUACAUCCCAAGAACCUUCCUCUCCGAUUUGUUAGUUAUUCUGAGUGCUUCAGAUCAGAGAUACAAGAUUACGGCUUGGACACCCGUGGACUAAUAAGACAACAUCAAUUUGGGAAAGUUGAAUUAAUUUCUAUUGGAGAAGCCGCUGACUCCGAACAUAUUCAUGAGCUUAUGCUCUCACAUAUUGAACAUGUUUUAAAUUUAUUAGAGUUACCUCAUAGACAAGUAAUCUUAUCUGCCAAAGAAACUGGGCAUUCUUCAUCUAAAACCAUCGAUUUUGAGGUCUAUUUCCCAUCGCUUGAUAAAUUUAUAGAGGUUUCGAGUUGCAGUAAUACUGGUGAUUAUCAGACCUCGAGAUUAAAUCUCUUUGGAGCUUCAAAGGAGAAGUUACACGCUAUAAACGGCUCUGGAUUGCCUAUAGGCAGAACACUGUCUGCACUAUUGGAAACACAUUGUAGUAUUAGGGAUAACGGGUUGCUGCAAAUAAACAUCCCAAAGGCUUUGCAACCCUACUUGAAUAAUGAAACUGUAAUUCUCGAGGAUAUACCAUAA